ACGACAAAGCUGUAGAAAGCGAGGAUAUUCGUUAGCUGUCUGCAGGCGAAGCAGGAGACAGUGUUUGCAGAAUGUCGGGCAUGUAACAGUGGGAAGGACGUUCAGUGGGACUUAUUAAGUCACAGUGGAUCGGCAUAGCCAAGAAGGCCUUUGCAUUCAGGCUAGAGAUGCCAGUGUUUCAUAAACUAUAGCAGUAUUGAAUAUCUAACACUGAAUCUAUAAUAUGUAUAGUGCAUUGAACGGGAUAUUCUUUAUUUCCAAGAAGAAUAAUAAAUAUGGAAUCGACAAAGAAGUGUAUGAACAGAUGAUAAAUGAAUUGGAAACUAAAUUCGCCCCUUCCUUUGACGAAGCUCAAGUUGAUUAUUUUCAAAUCGGACAUCUAAGAAAAGUAUACAAGAAGGCCAUGAAAGACACCAGGUUGGCCAGAAAGAUGGCGUUCGAUAUGGCGUUCGAUCUGACAGCUGAUUCUCGCAAGCAACUAGAAGCGAUGAUGAACGAAGCUGUAGCUAACAUGAUAAGGGAACUAGAAUCCGUCUGCGGCUCUCACCAUCUAGAAGACAAAUUCAGAGCAAGAUUUGUCACUCCUCUUCUGUCGUCUUUCUUCAAAGAGACCAAACAUUUCGCUUAUUUUGGUUCCGACGAAGAAGCAUUGGGGAGCAAAACAAGAAAGGGUGGACUAGGCCGUAAGUCAAAUGGAGGAUAUAAGGUCAUUUACAACGACUACGAACAGCAAAUAAUCCACGUUGAAGUCAAGGGUCCUAAAAUAGUUACAGAGGAUCACAUAUAUCACCCUGAUUUUACAAAACUCUGUAACUUGCUGAAGGAUGAGAUUGACCAUUUGCUGUCGAAAGACUGCCCUACCGAAAUCCCAGUCUUUGGAAUGCUUAUUGGCGGACACAAGGCAUCGGUAUACGCCAUGGAUUUAGUCUAUACACACACGUAUAGACUAUUUGAGAUUGGUGAAUUUUUAAUUCCUCAUUCCAAUCUUGAUCUAAGUCGUUUGGACCAGUGCUUUAACGUGUUGAUCACUCUGAAGGAAUUGGUGGAUAAAUCCUCCAAACAAUGCUUGGAGUUUUUGAUGAAAGCCGCCACUCCUGGAACGCCUCCAGCACGAAGGCAGCUUUAUGUCAAGUCUUUUAGGAGCCCCCAAAAAAAGUCCGAAUAA